AUGGGUCUUACUCGUGUAAUUUCUCUGUAUUGUGUCGAGAUAAUCUGCGAUACAAUUCCAUGUAUUAAGAAAGAGUCAUGGAUUGACGAAUUGCGUAAGAAAGAUAUUUUCUUAUCUGAUGUCGGAAGUCAACAAAAUUCAAUUGAUGUUUUGAUAGGCGCGGACGUUGCCGGUAAAUUGUUGACGGGAAAGAAAUAUGUUCCAAGAAAUGGGUUAACUGCGUUUGAAACUUUAUUAGGUUGCACAGUCAUGGAAAAAUUACCGGAGCAGCGUACUGGAAAAUUGGAAGCUGCUGCCAUUCUUACGAGUUUUUUCAUCCAAGAGGCCGGUAUUUCCGAUUUGUGGCGGUUGGAUGUUCUCGGUAUCACGGAUCCUAUACAAAACCAAGAUGAUUUGUUGAAGGAUGAAAAUACGCGAAAUUUUGUGAGAAAUACAGGGAAAAUUAUCCCGGAAGGUCGGUAUGAAGUAAGAUUACCGUGGAAAGAUGAUCACGCGCCCUUGUCUGAGAAUUACGACGUUGCUGAACAGAGAUUAAAAAUUAGUAUAGGGAAGUUGAAUAAGCCAAACGUAUCAUCAGCAUAUAAUAAUGUUUUUGAGUCGUGGUUAGCUGAAAAUAUAAUCGAAGCGGUCCUCGAAGCAGAGAUUUCGCGCAAGGGUCGUUAUUUGCAACAUCGCCCAGUCAUAAUGUUGAAUAGCACGACUAAGAUUAGGCCCGUAUUUGACGUGUCGGCUAGUAAACGAGGAAGUCCAUAA